CAAUCAUCAUGGGGAGUAUAUGAGAGGGUCGACUUCUGUUCGAGGCUGUGACUUAUCAUAUUGCGAGUAUCGCCUUCAAUAUGAACACUAACUGAAGAGAAAUGGAGAACACCACAUCGAACUACUCGACUUCUGCUGACGACGCGGCCACGACCAGGAACAACGAUGGGUUGCAGGGGGCAGAGGAAUACCCGAACUUCUUCCUCAUCCAUCCAGAGCUGACUUUCAUCUACCUGACCUUCAUUUCGAUCUUCAUGAUGAUUGGUAACAUCGGCAAUGUCAUGGUGAUAGGAGCCGUGCUCAGUGACAAGAAGCUUAUGACACAAGGUAAGAUGAUGAUUGGUAACAUUGGCAAUGUCAUGGUGAUAGGAGCCGUGCUCAGUGACAAGAAGCUUAUGACACAAGGCAACGUCUUCAUCCUGAACCUCGCGAUCGCCGACCUCACAGUCACGAGUUUGGUGGACCCGAUGAGCAUCGCUGGAGUUGUCCUUGGGCCCAAGUACUUCAACGACAGACCAGCCCUGUGCAAGGCCAUCGGGAGUCUCUGCCUCGCGAGCUGCGUCUGUUCCCUCUACAGCAUCGCCGCAAUCAGCUUGAACCGAUACAUCUUGAUUUGCAAGAACGAACAUUACAUGAAGAUAUUCACUUGGAAGCGCACUGUCCUGUACGCGAUAGCGUUGUGGUGUUGCGCCUGGUCUUUGGACAUCCCGAACUAUCUUUACUGGGGUGGACAUACGUAUGAUAUGAAGACCAUGGCGUGUUCUUAUGACAGACUAGCAAGCUUCUCCUACACAGUCUUUUUCAUCUCGAUGUUUGUGACAUUGCCCCUUUUCACCGUCCUGGCAUGCAAUGUCAACAUUUACUUGUUUGUGCACAGAAGUAGACGCCGGGUCGGAGGGUAUAACAAACAGCCCGAGGCAGGUUCUAAGAAGUCAACCGUUGCAGCUGUAUCGUCUACUGCUCACCGUGUGGAGGUUGACAGCGUCGAGAUUGAGGAGGACAGCACAAGCUACGUCACAAUAGUAAAAGAUGGCACCUCGUGUGAUCCGAUGGGCAAGAGCAUCCGUAAGAAUCGUGUCCGAGGAAGCGAUAUCCGAUUGGCAAAAACACUUUUCAUUGUUUUUGUUGUAUUUCUGAUCUGUUGGAGCCCGUAUGCUCUCAUCUGUCUCCUUGAUUUCCAAGACGCCGCACCAAAAGUUCUCUAUGUCAUCUUCAUUAAACUAGCUCACACUAACAGCAGCCUUAACAGUGUCCUGUACGCUGCAUUGAAUGAGAACUUCAGAACGGGAUACAAAGUGUUCUUGAGAAAGUUGUUUUAUUGCUGCUCCAGUAGAAAAUGA